UAUCCUUGGAAUUCAGCAGCUUCUGUUUCUUGAGCAAAGUUGAUCAGUCGCGCGUCGCAUUGAGCGCUUGAGCUUGAGCGUCUGAGCUCCAACGAGGAUGGCCUCGAAGGAUCGUGUCUUCAUUGCGACCAUAGGCGAUGAGGACACCAUCACGGGCGUGCUAUUGGCCGGUACGGGUCAUAUCAAUGACAAGGGCAAGAAGAACUUUCUGAUCGUAGACUCGAAGACGACGAGCUCGACGAUAGAGUCCGCCUUUGAAGAGUACACCUCACGAGAGGAUAUCGCUAUCCUGCUCAUCAACCAGCAUAUCGCCGAGCAGAUAAGGCCGCUCGUCGACGGUCACACUGCCGCAUUUCCAGCAGUGCUCGAGAUACCCAGCAAAACGCAUGCAUUUGGUGAGCCUGCUGCUCCUUCUGGUCGAUCAUCCAUUCAUGGUGGCCCCGCAGAUCCAUCGAAGGACAGUGUGCUGAAGCGGGUACGGAAGAUAUUCGGAGACUAGAAACCACGAUCCAUGUUGUACAAAUGCGCAGAACGAUUGCAAAAAGUCUGCAGU